CCGCCGCUGCUCCCAAAGCUUUUCCAGAUGUCCCUGGUAGAUUUGGGAAAGAAGCUUUUAGAAGCGGCACGAGCAGGUCAAGAUGAUGAAGUUCGUAUUUUGGUGGCAAAUGGAGCUCCUUUUACUACAGACUGGCUGGGAACUUCUCCACUUCACCUGGCAGCACAGUACGGGCAUUAUUCCACCACAGAGGUACUACUUCGAGCUGGUGUAAGUAGGAAUGCCAGAACCAAAGUGGACCGAACGCCCUUACAUGUGGCAGCUUCUGAGGGCCAUGCCGGCAUAGUAGAGGUUUUGCUUCAGCAUGGUGCUGAUGUCAAUGCAAAGGACAUGUUAAAGAUGACAGCUUUACAUUGGGCCACAGAACACAACCAUCAAGAUGUGGUGGAGCUUUUAAUCAAAUAUGGUGCUGAUGUACACACGCAGAGUAAGUUUUGUAAAACUGCAUUUGAUAUUUCAGUAGACAAUGGGAAUAAAGAUUUAGCAGAGAUAUUACAGAUUGCUAUGCAGAAUCAAAUUAACACAAACCUAGAGAGUCCCGACACUGUGGCGAUACAUGCUGCAACACCACAGUUUAUCAUUGGACCUGGAGGGGUGGUGAACCUAACAGAUGAAACAGGUGUGUCCGCUGUUCAGUUUGGAAACUCCUCUACAUCAGUAUUAGCUGCAUUAGCUGCCUUAGCUGAAGCUUCUGCUCCCUUGUCCAAUUCUUCAGAAACUCCAGUAGUGGCUACGGAGGAAGUAGUUACUGCAGAAUCAGUGGAUGGUGCAAUUCAGCAAGUAGUUAGUUCAGGGGGUCAGCAAGUCAUCACAAUAGUAACAGAUGGAAUCCAGCUUGGAAAUUUGCACUCCUUUCCAAACAGUGGAAUAGGCCAGCCCAUCAUUGUGAUCAUGCCAGAUGGACAGCAAGUAUUAACAUUACCAGCAACGGACAUUGCUGAAGAAACUGUUAUAAGUGAAGAACCACCAGCUAAGAGACAAGGUAUCGAAAUAAUUGAAAACCGGGUGGAAUCUGCAGAAAUAGAAGAGAGAGGAGCUCUUCAGAAACAGCUGGAUGAAGCAAACCAAGAAGCCCCAAAAUAUGGACAGCAGCUUCUAAAGAAAGAACAGGAAGCAGAAGCCUACAGACAGAAAUUAGAAGCUAUGACUCAUCUUCAGACUAAUAAAGAAGCUGUUUAGUUGAAAUGAACAUGUAGUUUGAGUUACUUUUGGUCAAGAAAGAAUACAAUCUUGAACUGUACACAGUAAGGUGCAGUCAUGGGAAGACAAGAUGCUAGAAGAGACUACAGAUUGAUAAUUGGACUAAAGCCAUGUGGUCUGAAUCCUUGUAACAUAAAAUUCUUGAAGUUGUCAAAUGUAUUUAAAACUGAAUUCUGUAAAUAGUUUUUGUUUUUUUUUACAGUUCUAAAUGAGUUGAUAAAGAUUGUUGAAGAGAUCCAAAAACACAAUAAGCCACUAAAUUUGUGAAUUCUUUUUGAUUUUAGUACGAACGAACCUUAAUUUCUCAGAAACAGAACAGUUUUAAGGGUGAUCGUUGAUUAGACCAAAUGUGUCAUAAUUAUGUGGUGGACUGAUACUGGAAUUGCUCCUGUACGUUAAAG